AGAACUACUUCCGCCUGUUGUUGUCAUGGCGCCGUUUCAAACUGUUGUCCAGACUUCUCGGGAUUUUAAAACCUUAUUCACAGUGUAUGUUUUAGUUUGGUAUUCUUCCCGUCGGUAUAUUCUUUAAUUCCAGACUUAAACAGCUGGCUAUAAACGACGACAAAAUGGUGGAAUCGUCAGUUUUGGGGUUAACCUGAAGUAAACGAGGUGCAUAGAAAGGUUGUGUUAGGUUGCUCGUGCUAAUAGGUAUUAGCAUUAGCUUUAAAUUAUUAUUUACAGUUGUUACCAGUGUUUUUAUGACGUCUGUCGCUGCAAUGCCGGCAAAGUUACCAGGACUUCAAAACCAGGAAAGAAACUGGGUUUAUGUAGACUCAGCCCGAAACAGCAACAAUUCAACAACUAGGACGUCCCAAACAAAGUUGUUGUUUAAUGAAGCCAUUCCCGUGAGUGUGGUCAACCGUGCCACUCGUGUAGGCCCUCCAGCUCCCAUUGUGAUAGAGAGACUGCUUCCACGUCUGGAGAUGCGUGAGAGUACGGACAGCCUGCGCAGCUCCCGCAGCUCCCGCAGCUUCACCGUGCUUUCCGAGGAGAGGCUGCAGGCUGCUGUCAAAUUGGCCAAGCGAGACCUAAGGCGAAGGCACCUCGGGUCACUUGCAAAGACUUCACCGAAACAUUUGCAGGACGCCUCUCUCUUUGAAACAAGUGAUGUGGAGCUGCUUCAGGAGCUAGUAGCGGCUCCAGGCAAGCAAGAAUCUAACAUGGCCACGUCAAAGGAAAAGAAGGCUCCGAUCGGUGCUAAACAGCGACCAUCCAAGAAAAAUCCUUCUUCUUUAAUGCCCGGUGUUGGCCAGUCUCCUCCAACAAGAGACCCCGGUAUAAGGCAGAUGGAAGGAGGCAAACCGGGACAUUUAAGCAACGAGAUCCGCAAACUGCAGAAUGAGCUGGAAACGUACAUUAGGAAAGUGGAGGAGCUAGCUAAUCGAGGCCUUUCUGCAGGUGAACAACUGGAGGAGUCUUUGGACCCAGAGGAGCAAAUCAAGCUGGAGAUACGCAGGCAGAAACAGGCCGCGCGCUCAGCUCGCAUCAUUUAUGUUCUGCAACGACAGGUGAAAGAGAUACAAGAUGAUAUUGAAAAACUCAAAAGAGAGAAAAUGUGGGAGACAAAAAAGUCGGUGGCGGUCGGCAGGCUGGCGGCCGCCCACCGGGGCGCUCUCAGGGCCCUGCAGGUCGUCAUCCACCAGCUCUCAGAUCGACCUCACAGCAAGGUGCCCCCUCAUUACAAAGAGCUGGGCCAGCUGAUCCGGCAGCUGUCUCUGUGCUCGGCUAAGGUGGAAGUGGACCAGGGGUCGGCUGUACCUGAGACGGCCCUGGAUAUUCUGCAGAAACUGGAGAUUUUAGACUCGGCCCUCAGCAAACAUGAGACGCUGGAGAAGCUGCAGGCCCAGACCCGUCCUCCACGCAGGAGGUCUCCUCACCGCAGCGCAUCCCCCACCACCGGGCCCCACAGUCUCAGCAUACUAGCUGCUCUGGGCCCUCACAGACUUGCAAAUCCUAGAGGAUCUGUUCGUGAUGGGCGAAAAGUCGUGCUACCAAAGCUGAAACCGUCCUCCCACCAGCCUCUGGUGGCUGGUGUUCACAAUGUUGGCCAGCAGAGGGAGCUGCAGAGACUUCCUCAGCCAAACGCGAACCACCAGAGCAGGCGGCACCCGGGGAGGAGAAAAGCUGACGUAAUGAAGAUGAGAGACGCAGGUUUCCGGCAGCCGACAGUUUCCUCUCAGCUCCGAGUCAGUCAGCUGCCUCAGCGGGAGAAGUCUGUUCCCUGGAUGCCAACGUCGCCCCACUCUCCUCCUCAACAGCAAGCGCCUCAGAGGUGGAGGCCUGAGCCCCGCUGCCUCUUCUCCCCGGUGAAGCCCCUGCUGAGCCCUUCGGGGGAGCAGCAGGCGGGACGUCAGUCAGAAGCCGAGCGAAGAGUGAGCGCCGCCACGCAGCGAGCAGCUCCGAAAGAAGCAACAAGGACGUCUUAUCAAGAGGAGAUGACUACGCAGCUCAGUGAGGAAGAGGCGCCACGCAUUCAGAGAUUAAGGUCUGAAGACGUUUUCCAGAACCAGUGGACUGAGGGAGCUGAGCACGGCGCCAGAGAGGGCAGCCAGCAACUCUCUGGUGAAACACAGCUGGAAGGUGUGGCCAAGAACAAGCCUGACAGAUCUAGGAGGAUACGGCUCCCUGAGCACGCUGAUGAGAUGGCAGCAGGCGAUCACGUGCGACUCGCUGGGCAUCAGGAAGAAGAUCUGUUAAAGGACACCGCUCCCGAUGCGUGGGCCGUAAACACGGGCAUGGGGGACAUGACCUGGCGUGGGCUGCAGGCCUCCACCCUGGAGAGCAUGCUGCUUCGGAUGGAGGAAAUACAGAGAGAAGAAGAAGAAGUGAGGAGGCGGUUCGCAUCCAUAGCCUAUUCAGACCCUCUUUACUGGGACCGCUCAAGAACAACAGGAUCCCAGCCUCUCGCUCCAGGCUCCAGGCCGGCUUCUCCUCAACCCAUUAGGCUCACCAGGCCAGUGCUGAAACAGACUACCGCAGCCGAUAUUAUUCUGGAGAAACCCAUAGAGGCAGGUUUCCUGUUUGAGAGCAGCCCAACGGAGGUCCAAACCCAGGACCAACACCUACCCACAAACAAAAUUUUGCCCAAUGACAGGGCAGAGAGAAGCAGGACCGUUCUCUCGGUGCCAGGCAGCACGCUGAAGAACAUCCGCCAGUAUAAGGAAGACUACAACGCCUACCUCGGUGCUGGGUCUGAAGGGGCCAUUGACAGCUUCAACACCUGGGCCGCUGCCGACAGCGUGGCGGAGGAGCUGCUGUCGGAGGCGCUUGCGGACGUGGCGAAGGAGUUCCAGGACGUGGUGGAGGAGUACGCCGAGGCCGUGUUCACCUCCGAGUUCCUGCGGCCCGUCCACUCAGCUCCUGCGUCAGCUCCGGCUGAAGCUGGGAGAAACCAGUAGGGAGCCCCCAGCGCUGCGUCUGCUACGGUUUCCUUAAAAACUGUACAGGAACACGUAACGUACAGCGUUACGUGUUCCUGUUGGAUUAAACCUGCAAUUUCAGAUACAAAA